UGGACUGAGCGCGCGAAGGCACCCUACGUGGUUCACAGACUGCUGCUCUGCUCGCUGUUAGCUUUGCGUUGUGUCUUAAACAGAGCAAAACAGAGGAAAACCUGAGAUAAGGGUCUUCGUCAUUUACCUGCAAUGGCCGACAAGGAAGCAGGUGCAUUUGAUGAUGCUGUGGAGGAGAGGGUCAUAAAUGAGGAGUACAAGAUCUGGAAGAAAAACACUCCUUUUCUGUAUGAUCUGGUUAUGACCCACGCUCUGGAGUGGCCCAGUCUUACUGCCCAGUGGUUGCCUGAUGUCUCCAGGCCAGAAGGGAAAGAUUACAGCGUGCACCGGCUGGUGUUGGGCACUCACACAUCGGAUGAGCAGAAUCAUCUGGUGAUUGCCAGUGUCCAACUGCCUAAUGAUGAUGCCCAGUUUGAUGCCUCACAUUAUGACAGCGAAAAAGGAGAGUUUGGAGGCUUCGGAUCUGUAAGUGGCAAAAUCGAGAUCGAAAUCAAGAUAAGCCAUGAAGGAGAGGUGAACCGAGCCCGCUACAUGCCCCAAAACCCCUGCAUAAUUGCCACCAAGACCCCCACUUCAGAUGUGUUGGUGUUUGACUACACUAAACAUCCCUCCAAGCCAGAUGCUUCUGGAGAGUGUCGUCCUGAUCUGCGUCUCAGAGGCCACCAGAAAGAAGGCUAUGGUCUGUCCUGGAAUCCAAAUCUCUCUGGCUCUCUACUUAGUGCUUCAGAUGACCAUACUGUCUGUCUGUGGGAUAUAAGUGCUGUACCAAAAGAGGGGAAGAUAGUUGAUGCAAAGACUAUCUUCACUGGUCACACUGCUGUGGUGGAGGAUGUGUCCUGGCACUUGCUUCACGAGUCACUCUUUGGAUCCGUAGCAGAUGACCAGAAGCUCAUGAUCUGGGACACACGUUCAAACAACACCUCCAAACCCAGCCAUGCAGUGGACGCCCACACAGCAGAAGUCAACUGUUUGUCAUUUAACCCUUACAGCGAGUUCAUCCUUGCCUCAGGCUCAGCAGACAAGACUGUGGCUCUUUGGGACUUGAGAAACCUGAAACUGAAGCUGCAUUCCUUUGAGUCGCACAAGGAUGAGAUUUUCCAGGUUCAGUGGUCUCCUCAUAAUGAGACCAUACUGGCAUCCAGUGGAACAGACCGUCGCCUGAAUGUCUGGGAUCUCAGCAAAAUCGGAGAGGAGCAGUCACCAGAAGAUGCAGAGGAUGGCCCACCUGAGCUACUGUUUAUCCACGGAGGCCACACAGCCAAGAUCUCAGACUUUUCCUGGAACCCUAACGAGCCUUGGGUCAUCUGCUCUGUGUCUGAAGACAACAUUAUGCAAGUCUGGCAAAUGGCUGAGAACAUCUACAACGAUGAAGACCCUGAGGGUUCAACAGACCCUGAAGCCACAGCAUAGCAUCUUUUCCUGUUGUGCGUUUAACCUACAACCUCAUCAUAAACUGCCAAACUGCCCCCUCAGUAGUUCCGUGCAGCUACUUCUACUUCUUCCUCCCAUCCUUCUUUACUUUAUUGGUGGGACACUAUUCGGUUAAAGCACUGUAAAUACAAGAAAUUUAAAAAUCAUGUGUAGCCCUGGCCCUUUUGGAAUGCUCAAUUUGAAGAACUGUCCUUUAACUGAGUGAUUUAUCGCCUGAUGAAUCUCAGGUUUCCCACAGUGCAUAAACAAUUGUUUUCCGCAACCAAACUGGCUCUCUGUUCCACACUGUCCGCUAUUAACCGAGGCUUUUUCAACAAUAAAUGAACAUGUUUAUACAGUAUCAAACACACAAACAGACAUUAAGGUAAUUUGGCAAAAGCCCGCUGUUCAAAGUGUACACAGCAGGAGAAAAAAUGUUACAAGUUAACUUGCAGCCCAGCUUUUGAUAUGAUUCAAAGGACAGUGGCAGUUACUUAAACUGUGAAGAUGGUUUUAUUCACAGGCUAGAAGACUAUCUGAAAUGUGUCUCAUAUUUUCCGCUUCAUUGUGGUCAGAACCUAAAUAGGUCUUGAUACUGAUUUUCUCACCAGCUGUUUUUAAAAGAAAUAAGAAUUUUGGAGUGAAUCUGUUUGAAUUGUCCAUUGGUGGUCCCACCUCCCCAAACCUGAAUCAUUAAAUAAUCAUUUAACUGUUUUUCGUGCUAUAGAUUAGUGGUUGAACUUUUUAUAUGUUCAAUGUUUGUACAGUGAGUGCAUUCUUAAUAAAAAUGUGUUUCAUUA